AUGCUUGCUCAAUGCUACACGAGAUCUGAAUUCUUUCCAAACGUUCAGCCAAAAGCAGAAUUGAAGUGGAACCGCCGCGGACCAAAGAUUGUGGACGAGAUCCUUCGGUAUGCUCCCGACGUCGUGUGCUUGCAGGAGUGUGAUUGCUGGGAUGAUUUCCUCCUAGCAAAGAUGCAGUCGAAUGGCUUCUUUGGGAUCUGGAAACAAAAGUCUGGGAAGAAAGAUGGAGUAGCCAUUCUCUGGAAGACCGAGAAGUUCAACUUGAUAAGGCAGGAUUCGGUCGAGUACAACCUCAAGGGCGGAGUUGGUAUCAUGGCAAUGCUCCAACCAAAGCCCGAUGCUGGGCAGGACACCUCUCCAGCAUUCUGCGUUGCGAACACGCACUUGUUCUGGAACCCCGAGAUGGAAUAUAUCAAGCUCAAACAAGCGCAGAUUUACCUCAGUAGGAUUUCAGACUUCGCGGCCGGCGCAUCCUGCGUGGUGUGUGGUGAUCUUAACUCAAUGCCGAGCUCAGACUGUUACUCUCUCUUCAUCAGCGGCAAGGUCACUCAUACUUACACACCUGUCGUGAGCGACGACGAGGUCAGUGGGCAAGUGCAAGGUGGCGGAGAGACCACCACAGAAGUGUUCAGCAGCCCCCUAGAGCUCACCUCUGCGUAUGAUCCUCCCCCGGUACCUUCUUUUUACAAACGGUUGCAGUGA